AUGCCCCCCCUGCACUACGGGGUCCCCGGCACCUUUGGCACCUGGGUCCGGAAAAGGACCCGUCUUUCCAUGCUGCCGGGAGACGGCACCCUGAGCUUCACCAGCCACGAGGAGGAGGAGGACGAGGAAGAGGAGGAGGAGGACGGUGCUGGAGUGGAGCUGGGGGAGCCGCCGCAGCCGACAGGCGCGGCAGCGGGUGCAGAGGAUGGAGAGCGCCCCGGCGGCAGCCUGCUGACCCGGCAGCUGCAGGAGCUGUGGAGGAAGUCGCGGGGCAGCCUGGCACCGCAGCGGCUGCUCUUCGAGGUCACCAGCGCCAGUGUGGUCAGCGAGCGCUCCUCCAAGUACGUGCUCUACACCAUCUACCUGAUCCGCUCCGGCCGGUUCGACAAGGCCCCUGCCGCCAUCGCCCGGCGCUACUCGGACUUCGAGCGGCUGAACCGCCGCCUGCGCUGCCGCUUCGGCUGCGACAUGGCUGGCAUCGCCUUCCCCAGGAAGAGGCUGCGCCGGAACUUCACCGCCGAGACCAUUGCCAAGCGGAGCCGAGCCUUCGAGCAGUUCCUGUCCCACCUGCACUCCAUCGCCGAGAUACGCCGCUCCCCCGAGUUCCUCGAGUUCUUCUUCCUGCAGGACCUGCGGGCUGCACAGCGCCUGACCUGCACCGGCAUGUACCGCGAGGCCCUGGCCACCUGGGCCAACGCCUACCGGCUGCAGGACCGGCUGGGGGUCUGUGGCUCCGGCCGCUUCCUCCUGACGCUGGCCGGGCUGGCUGUCUGCCACCAGGAGCUGGAUGAGCUCGGCGAGGCCCACAGCUGCUGCGAGCAGGCGCUGCAGCUGCUGGAGGCCCAAGGCAGCCACCCGCUGCUGGGGCCCUUCCUGCAGGCCCACGUCCACCUGGCCUGGAAGGUGGGCAAGGACAAGCGGCGCUCGGAGGCCCGGCUGCAGGACCUGCGGGAGGCCGGGCCGCCCCUGCAGCAGCAGCCCACCCUGAAGGAGUGCCUGAUCAAGGAGCCUCUGGAGUGAGCGUCCCACCGCCGGCGGCAGCGCUGGCAGGAAGGCAGAGGGCCACGUGGGGCUCGUGCCCGGGGUGGCCGGGAGCAGCGAGGGCGAUGCCACGGGCGGGGAUGGGGCAGGGAGGCAGCGCUGCGCUCCCGCGGGCAGCACGGCCCACGCCCGGGAGCUGCCUCAAAAAUGCACUUUCUCUGUGGUUAGUCCGUCCCACGGGGCCGGGUGCUCACGUGUGCUCAUGGGCGCUCGCCACCCACACCGGCACUGCCGGGAGCCGGCUCUCCCUCUGCGGGGGGACUUCUAGAGUGGACGGGACUUUAGCUGGGACAUACUGGCACUGCGUAAGGGAACAGGAAGGCUUCUGGCAGGGUCUGGGGCUCUUGCCAGGAG